UCAGAGUAGGCGGAUUUGCCUUGAAUAGCUCGGAACCAUUGCUCCCCGAAUAUUUCCGGAAGUGUUUCCAGAGUUGAUGCGAGAUUGGCAUCAUCGUCAGAAUCGGCCAGGAUCGCUCGUUCUGACCUCCCUUCUUGAUCCCAGGCAGACACAGCAGAGGACGAUCAAACAAUUCUACGACUACAUCGCACCAUGUGGCUGCUCAGUACGCACCGUGCUGAGCUACAUUUCUUUCCAACCGCGAACGACGUUCCGAGAGGAUACGCCAUCCUGUCGCACGUCUGGGAUCACGUAGAGCAGAGCUUCCAGGACGUCCAAGCAUUGCGGGAUCGAUACACUGCUACGGGUCUUAACCCACGCGACUUCGCCUCCCCAAAGAUCCGCAACUUCUGUAUCCUCGCCGAGCAACACGGGUACGACUGGGUUUGGAUCGACACCUGUUGCAUCGACAAGUCCAGCAGCGCGGAGCUCUCUGAAGCAAUCAACUCGAUGUUUCGGUGGUACUCCCUCGCGGAGACGUGCUAUGCGUACCUUGCGGACGUCCCCAGCUACUCCAACGAUCCCGCCGGCAGCCGCGCGUUCCGUCAGAGCAAAUGGCAUACGCGCGGAUGGACCCUCCAGGAGCUUAUCGCGCCCGACGUCGUCGUAUUUCUUUCGUCGGAAUGGAAGGUUCUUGGCACGAGAGCGGGCCUCGCGGAACUCUUACAGGUGGUCACGAACAUCCCCGUGAAUGUCCUUAGGCUGCAGAUGGAGUUGUCGUCGGUCAGCAUCGCGGCGCGCAUGUCGUGGGCGGCGAAGCGGAAGACGACACGUCCGGAGGACGAGGCGUACUGUCUCAUGGGCAUUUUCAGGAUCAAUAUGCCGACACUCUAUGGCGAGGGUCGACAAGCGUUUCAGAGGCUACAGGAGGAGAUCAUGAGGCGCUCGACGGACACAACGCUCUUCGCAUGGGGUACUCCAUCCGAACGACUACCAGAUUUGCUUUGGAAUCUUCAAGACGACCUUUCCAUGGUACACGGUCAUAUUGAGGGGUCGUGUCUCUUCGCAUCGGGGCCGUCUGCUUUCAGGUCAUCAGCCGACGUGGUGUUCACGCCACAUCUACAGAACACGAGCGCGAGGUGGCGCUUGAGCAAGACGCUCACAGUGCCUACGUUCUCCAACAACGCGUAUGGUGUCCGCGCGCACCUACCCGUAAUCGAGACGAAGAUACCAAGGGUCAUCAUCGCUGUGCUGUUCUGCUCAUCGAGCACCCAGAGAUACGGUCUUCUCCUCCAUACUUGCUCUGAAGCCACUAGUCCGCUGGGUUCUCUGUACGACACCGGCAUCCCUACCCUUGAUAGACAAGCGGCCCUUCGACUGGUGCCCCUCGACGAGGACGAUGAUCCGAACCUCGACAAGGUGAUCGACAUGUCGAAAGGUUACGUCGUUGCCGAGUGGAGAGAUGUCUAUAUCCGCGCCCUACAGCCACCCUACCGUACUAUCCAGCGUAUCCCCGUCAACCGCAACACGUCCUUCUACAUUCCGCGCUGGCUACUGAAGGAGUAUGCCGGCCAGCUCAUCCGACAGGGCUCGGGCCCGACGCAGCCCGGCCCCCUCCCAGCCACGUUCCUCUUUUAUGCUGAUCCGAAGCAUCAUUCCUUCCCGUUCCUUCUGAAUGUUGGGCGGUGCACGUACCCAUCUGGGACGCGCUGGGCGAAUGUCGUCCGCUUCGAGAACCGGUCUCCCACUGCGAGCCAAGCGCGCCUCGACAUCGCCCCCUCGCACGACUGCACCCUCGACCACAUCCGUAGUUGGCCGGACCACAUGAGGGAUCUCGAUCUCGCCUUCUCCCCGCCGCCGGAUCCUUGGUGGUCCUCUGACCCCCGCGCCAGAAAUCUCGCGACCAAGUAUUUCACGGUCAAGAUCCGGUUCACUCCGUCGCCGAUCAACGCAGACACGCGCUUGUUGCAUCUGGAGGUUGGAGGAGACAGGACAAUGGUCGAGGGAGGAGAUGCGGGAUCGGACACGCGCUCUCCAGAAGCGGAAAUCGUUCCUCUUCCUCCACUCGAGGUUCGAAGGUCGCAGUCUGGAAUAGGACUCGACGAGCAGCUGCAGGAGUCGGAGGUGCUUGAUCCGAUCAUGACCGAGUUCGAACGGAUUCACGAUGGGCUCCAUGGAUAGUUACCUAAUGACGUUGAUGGCUAUCGGUCGGUUGUGGACUGAAGUAUUCUGGGUCGUGUGCAAUUGUUAUCCGGGCGCCAGCAGGUGUCAGUGACCUUUUUGUGUACUAGGUCCCACUCUCGCGAGCUAGAAUGACGAGUUUCACGUCC